UGUAAAGUGGUGGGGCUGCUCGCUAUCGACCCGGCAGUGCUCUGCUGUAGUUCCCAUAAUAUUUGUAGCUUCCAUGAGUCGUUUGAAUAAACAAGGCGGAUAAAUGUCGUGUUUUCUCCGGGAGUAAAGUAUGUCUUCUGGGGUCAGCGGUUCUCCCCUCCUGCACGGUCUUCGCCCCGGUUGUCAGAGCGCUUAGCGCGGAUCCGCCGGGUUGUGGGUGGCGGCGGCGGCAGCGCUGUGCGGACGGUCCGCUCUGCAGAAGGGAGGCUGUGUUUGCGGGGUUAGCUGGGUGGGUAGCUCGCUGGGUAACGUUAGCUCACCGGCUGUUGCUGCUGUUUAUAUAAUUAUAUCCAGCGGAGGGGAGCGCUCUCUCUCUCGGGCUGCAGGGGUUUAGGAUCAGGGUCCUGCGGAUUGGGGCGGACUGCUGCUGUUUGGAGCCCGGUGAAUAUGGCUGAGCUACACAUCGAGGCGAGCGCCGCCGGGAUCAUGGAGCAGAGCGAGCACCGCGGCUCGGUUAGCGUCAGGCUGCCCUCGCCCACCCUGGUGCUCCCGCCCCGCAACGGCUUGUCCAGUCCCGGAGUGUCCGGCUCCAGAGCCGUGUUCGGCUUCCCUAUGAAGAGCAGCCCGAGUUCCCCGUCAGAACCGGCGGAGAAGCCGGGCUCCCGGUGGGUCCGGCUGAACGUCGGGGGAACCUACUUUGUCACCACCAAACAGACCCUGUGUCGGGAACCCAAAUCCUUUCUGUACCGGUUAUGUCAAGAAGAUCCAGACCUAGACUCAGAUAAGGAUGAUACAGGAGCAUAUUUGAUUGACAGGGACCCCACAUACUUUGGACCCAUCUUGAAUUAUCUGAGGCAUGGGAAGCUGAUCAUCAACAAGAACCUUGCAGAAGAGGGAGUUCUGGAGGAAGCCGAAUUUUACAACAUUGCAUCUCUGGUGAGGCUGGUGAAGGAGAGGAUACGAGACAAUGAGAACAGGACGUCCCAGGGCCCUGUGAAGCACGUGUAUCGUGUGCUCCAGUGCCAGGAAGAGGAGCUCACUCAGAUGGUCUCCACAAUGUCUGAUGGAUGGAAGUUUGAGCAGCUCAUUAGCAUUGGAUCCUCCUACAAUUACGGCAACGAGGACCAGGCUGAGUUUCUGUGCGUGGUUUCCAGGGAACUCAACAACUCCACUAAUGGGAUUGUUAUUGAACCAACUGAGAAGGCUAAGAUCCUUCAGGAGAGAGGUUCCCGGAUGUGAGGAGACCUUCUUAGCUGUGCUGACACACAUCUCACACUCCCCUCCCUUCCAUUCCUUUCCACUCCUCCUCUUCCUCCACCAUACAGCACUCUCCAGGUCCAUCAGCUCACAUGCCCUCACAUGCCUUCCUUUCUUUCACCCUCCUCCCUUGUGCCUUUCCGCAGUGGGGGGGUGUCCUCACCCCCCCUCCUCCCUGCAGUGCUGCAACAUAGUCCAUCCAGCACCAUCACAAGCCAACACUGCUGUUAUCAACUAAUCAGAAAUGCUAAACAGGUUAUAAUUCAGAUGAUCUGUUGUGAUGCAAGACUGCCAGUGACAUUGACAGUGAUGGCUAGGGAGGUGUCGAAGUAAGGUUUACGAGGUUUAUCUGUCACUAUAACCUUAAUCAUCUACGUUGCCUCGGAACUUGGUCCUAAUCUAUUUCAUUUCCUGGUCAUAAUCAUCGUAAUCUACAUUAUUGCUGGCAUGCUAAUUUCAAGGAACGCCUGUGCCCUGCUCAGCUAGGCUGCGCCUACAUCACUGAAAUCUCCUCAGGACUUCCAGGGGCGCGAAACUAGACAAAACUAUAUUUUGUCCCCCACCCCUUACUUCACUUUUCAUAACAAGCACAUUUACUCACUGUGUACAUUGAGUGAGUGAGCAAGCAAGUGAGCAAGCAAGCGAGUGAAUGAACAUCAGCAGCAACACUCGUCUACCACGCCUGGCCUGGCCUAACGCACAGUAUUCACUGGAGCAAGAUAGCUGGGGCAUAGAAGAAGACUCUAAAAAGAACAUGCAGCAUUUUGUCUCCAGUUUGUGGUGUAUCUGUCUCUUUAAGACCGACUGUCCUCCUGGAGCUGGCCCAGGAAUAACUAGAGGGGAAGGGAGGACACAGACAGUUUCCCGGUUGGGCAUCCCACCCACGUUUACCGCUAUGGAUCGAAAGACGUCUCCCAUAUCUCAUUCAGUCAGGAUGAUGCACGUCAUCAUGUGGAAUUCUUUUGUUUUCUGUUUUUUUUUCUUUUGGCUCUUGUCAUAAUGGCAUUCACACAUUCAGUCAAACACUACACAAUAGAAAUGUGCAAUUUUUGGGGCAUGUAAGGAUUAUUAAUAUUACAAACAUGUGUAUUACAAACAGGCUGAAUGCAAGUCUUGUAAUUGUUAAUGUCUGUACCACAGCAGUCGUUUUCGUUCAGCUAGAUAAAGUACUCUAUUUGACUGCGAAAGGUUAAGAUUUGUCCCAUGCUCCUGGUAUAUUUGUCCAGUGCCUAGUCACUGAUAUGUGAGUUUUUGUGUUGUGUUCUCCCUUCAGCUGUUUAUAUAUAUGACUGGAAAGUGGGAGACUUCCAUGGUCUUAUUUCACACUUUUUCUAUGAAGAAUAUUUGUGUUUCACUUUAUAUAAGUACAUAAGUUAUUUAGCAUAUCAUAUUGCAUAAGAGCCCCAUGAGACUGUUGAUAGAGGACCUGCCCAAAUGAGGCUUUUAAGGCAGGGCAUGAACCGUAAAGUGUGGUUCUCUAACAUGAUAUCACUCCUUAGAACUCCAUCAUAUUUUGGCUAUUUAACUGUUUCUAUCUCAUAGGUAUAUUAUUAUAAGUUAUAGUGGAAUAGCAUUGAAUGUUAAGGGCUCUAUUGUACAUGGAUUAAAAAGCUUGCCCUUAUGUCAAAAUAUAAUAUAUUGUAUUACUUCAGGUGAACUGUGCUAAAUUCAUUGAUGUUUUGACAUCAGGGCUAGUGCUUGGUCCCCUUUUACACUGAAUUAAUUGCCCUCGAUAUUUGAUAGUUAGCCAGUCAAGAGUAGGUUAUAAAUGAAUCUCCCAUUUGUAAAGUUGUGAAAAGCCUAGAAGCUUAGAACCUGCUAAUCUGCUAACACACAGUGUACUUCAGCAUGUGUUGACAGUAUUUUAUCAUACAUUUCUUGUUCAGUAUCAUAGUAUGGAUAAUGGCAUGACUUUGGUGUAGGUUAAUAUGUUGUUCAUGUCCAUUGAAAAGCAACUGCUGACUGACAGUUGAUUGUCUGUCUGUCACAUAUCCUCAUCAUGUACAUUAUGUUAAUGUAAACGUUUUUGUUUGUUGGUUUUCUCUGCUUUUUUUAUUGUUGUGAACUUGUGUUCUAGUGUUUUAUGUUGGAAAUGUGUCCCAUUUUUUUCUCCUUGCCUCCCUUUUUCAUGGACAUUGACUCUUUAGGAUGAUAAGAAACAGGGAAAAGGGUCCCUAAGAUUUGCUUCACAUUUGUUUGCCUUUAAAUAUUGAUUUCACAAAGCAGUUUCUUACUGUUGAUUUGGUAUUUUUAAGCUCUUAAGCUAAGUUCACUUGCCUCUUAUUGUAUGGACAUAAAUUCCAGCAAUUUUUGGUUUAUUCUGUAAGGUGGAAAGAGUUCUGAAGCCUAGGUUGCAGGACUGUUCUCUAAAGAUUGCUCCUUAGUACCCUAUUGAUCUCACAAACAUGGAACCACCCAACGAGAUCCUGCCUCUUGCAGUUGUGGUGCGAAACUCCUGCUUUUUGAUUUCUUUACAAAAAAUAUUUAUAAUUAGAAAAGCUAACAUAUUAAAACAUGCUCUGCUGCAGAGUCUUUGUUUUUUGGCCUUUUUGCCCAAUUAUCAUGUGUUGUUGUUUAUACCCAGAGCAACUUGCUGUAACAUGCUUUCAAGACUUUGCUUUUGAUUACACAGCACAAUAAGAUAUAUAAUUUAAGAUAGAAUAUAAGACUAAAGCAAGAUGUUAAGUAACAUAAAGAUAUAUACAGAGAUAGUAACUUAAAAUGUGAAUGGAAAUGGAAAUAUAGAAACAUGCAGGGUGGAUACGCCAGUUACAUCCUUAAAAUGGCUGUGAAUGUCUGCUGCGUUUUUCUGCUGAAAUAUUUUGCUAAAGCCUGAUUACUGGACAUAGAUUAAGCCUAAUCUUGAAAUAAAUUGCAAUGUCAUUGAUGUUCCAGCACUGGCAAUCCUUAUUAAGUUUUAAUAUUGGGCAAGAAGCUGACUCAAUAUUAGUGUUUGUUCAUAAAGUAAAUCUAGGUCAUAGCUGAGACAAAUACCUUACUUUACAAUAUUCUUUGGUUGCUCUAUUAUUUCAUAUGCUUUUCAAAUUGUCCUUGUGCCACUGUAACAUUUGUUGUAUUUUUCCCUUUAAUAUUUUGUUUAUUCCCUUAAUAUUGUACCCACUUGCACUUUAAGUAUGUCCAUGUCUUACAUUUCAUGUCCGACCUCCACAGAGUUAUGUACACACACAGCAAGGUCAUGUUCAAAUGUGAAGUCGCUGCGGUUUGUGCAGUUAACUUUGGGCCGUGUAAAAAAAAAAAUAAAAAAAAAAGUGUUGUUACAGUAAUUGUUACUUUGUAAUAAGUUUAAGAGAUAUUGAAGCACUUAGGCCUGCUAAAAUAAUAUAGUUUUUUCUACUUUCCAUUUCCUCUUUGUAGUCAUCUCACUUAAUUGUUUGUGGUCAAACAAACUAAAAAAAAAAAAAAGACGUUGAGGCAAAAAAGAUGUAUGUGUGAAAAAAAAUAUAUUGUGAAACGUUAUACUGUUCUAUCAGAUCUGAACUCGAGGGGGGAGGGGGCUCUGUCUCUGGUACGUGGACUUGAACUGAACGCAUGCAGUGUGCUAAAGUAUAUGUUAUAUACUGGGACUUCUUGUGCUAGUGUAGGGGUGGAGUAAUGCAUGGGCAGUGACUGCAGGGGCUGGUGGAGGAUAAUAUGUGCAGAUGAACCAGUUGGUCGGAAACGUGUAUCUUUGGUUUGUUGCAUUUCAUCUUGUCCAGAUAAACACUAAGUACUCAUAACCACAUGAAUUUUUGAUAAAAGGUUUAGCACUGAGUGGACAUUUAGAAUCUGACCUAACUGGACAGGAGUGCAGGCCUGUUUAUUCACACUAAAAGAAAAGGAGGAUUAUAAUCAUAAGACGGGGGUUAGUUUUCAAGACUGCCAUAAUAGUUAGUCUGCAACACCUGCAUGCUUUGAUAUACAGUACACACACAUACACACACACAUACACGUACAGGUGUGCAUGUACGCACACAUACAAAGAAAGACAUUUAAACAUGUAUUAAAACCUGCUACUUACACCAGAUGUUUUGAGUGUAUUAAGUUAUCAACUGUAUUGAUGUCAAGUGUGACCUUUGUCUAAAUGGAGAUUGUGGAAGCUAAGUGUUUCGGAAAUGAAUAGUCUCGGUCAGACUGUCCUUUAAUUUUUUGUUUCUUUUUUUCCUUUCAUUCUUUUGAAGUUUGUCUUCUGAUGCAGUUUCUUUCAAUGUACAGUUGCAAUGAGGAAAAAAAAUGUCUGAUUUUUAUCAUAAAAUGUAUUUGUGUUCAAAAUGUUGUAGUUCUCAUUUUAUCACAGAACUUUGUUGCAAUUGUUUACCAGAGAACUGAGCAUGUAUGUACACUGUAUCUGAAUAAAAAUGUUUUACAGAAGCAGAAA